AUGAUCAAUCAGGGCCAGCAGGUUUGGAUACCCGAUGAAAACGCCUGUUUUGUCCAGGGCCAGUUCUUGGCCAAAAACAAGAUCAAAAAUAAGCAGAACGUGAUAGAAGAAGUGGGUACGAUACGAACAGGGGCCCAAGAAUUGGAUCUGCCCAUGGAUCUGAUCUCGCCAGCUAAUCCAAGUACGUUCGAUAAGAUCGAUGACAUGUCAGAACUGACGUUUCUUAACGAAGCGUCGGUGCUUUUCAAUUUAGAAAAUCGGUACGCGGAAGACAACAUUUACACAUACUCAGGUCUUUUCCUGGUAGCAAUUAACCCAUACAGCAAUUUGAGAAUAUAUACCUCCGAAUAUGUGCGUUUGUACCACGGGUCCCCCAAAGAGGAUAACAAACCACACAUUUUUGCUGUAGCGGAAGAAGCGUAUCAAAACCUGCUAACAAACAAGACGGAUCAGUCCAUUCUCGUGACUGGCGAAUCUGGCGCUGGUAAAACCGAGAAUACCAAGAAAAUUUUGCAAUAUCUGGCCUCCGUUACAACCAACGACAAAUUUGAGCCCGUGGAAAACCAUGAGAGUUUCGAACGCAAGAUUUUACAGAGUAACCCCAUUUUAGAAUCGUUCGGAAACGCGCAAACGGUACGAAACAACAAUUCAUCGCGGUUCGGCAAAUUCAUCAAAAUUGAGUUCGACGAGUUGGGCAAGAUUAAUGGCGCGCACAUCGAUUGGUAUUUGCUCGAAAAAUCAAGGGUAAUCCAUCAAAAUUCCAAGGAAAGAAAUUAUCACAUUUUUUACCAAAUGCUAGCGGGCCUGUCGCCCCAAGAACUACGCAAACUGAAACUAGAUUCGAAUUCAGUGAAAGACUACAGAUAUCUGCGUGAAUCGAAUGCGCGCAUUCCAGGCAUCGACGAUGCCCAGGAUUUCAAAAAUUUGAUGUCUGCCUUUGAGAUCGUAGGGUUUUCUCCAGCAGAGAUCGAUGCCAUCUUCAGGUGCAUCUCUAUAAUUCUUCAGUUGGGCAAUGUGGACUUUGUCUCAGAAAAGGCUGAACAGGCCAUUAUCAAGGGUAGCCUGGAUCCGCUAUGCGAGCUGAUGAACGUCAAGGCAAGUGAUUUUCAAACUGCCGUUCUUAAGCCGAGAUCCAAGGCCGGUAAAGAGUGGGUUUAUCAAGUGAAAAAUGCAUCCCAGGCCAGAACAAUCAUCGAUUCCCUUUCGAGAACUCUCUAUGAAAAGCUUUUCGCUUAUAUCGUGAGGAAAAUCAAUGCUAGUUUGGACCAUGGAUCCAUGACGGAAAAUUUCAUUGGGUUACUAGACAUUGCCGGUUUCGAGAUUUUCAAGAACAAUUCAUUUGAGCAGCUUUGCAUUAACUACACCAACGAGAAAUUGCAACAGUUUUUCAAUCAUCAUAUGUUUGUUCUCGAGCAAAGUGAAUAUUUGAAAGAAAAUAUUCAAUGGAGUUUCGUCGACUACGGCAAAGAUCUGCAAUCAACAAUUGAUUUGAUUGAGCAAAAGGGUAAAUCACCGGGUGUUUUACCUUUGCUGGAUGAAGAGUCUAUUCUACCUAAAUCAACGGAUGAAUCGUUCUAUUCCAAACUCAUUACAUUCUGUGAUAACGGCUCUUCUAAAUUUAAAAGAUCAAAAACAAACAGCUGCUUUGUACUGCGGCAUUAUGCCGGGGAUGUUGAAUACAAUAUCAGCGGGUGGCUGAAUAAGAAUAAAGAUCCCUUGAGCGACAAUAUGCUUCAAGUCUUGUCGUCGUCAACAAAUGGCCUUUUCGAAGAAUUCUUCAAUUCCGACGCAGAAAAAGUGAGCCCCUUCAAAACUGCUUCUCACAAGCACAGAGAACAGUUAUCAUCUCUUCUACAGCGCCUAUCUUCGACCGAACCUCAUUUUGUGCGGUGUAUCAUACCGAAUAACAAAAAAAAGGCCCGAGACUUUGAUCGGCGUCUGAUUUUAGAACAGCUUCGAUGUAAUGGUGUUCUUGAAGGCAUCAGAAUUGCUCGUGAAGGGUAUCCAAACAGAAUUUUUUUCAAAGAAUUCUUUCAACGCUACAAGCUUCUGGCCGGCUUCAGCCGUUUCGGCAAUAAUUCGAAAAAGAACUGCGAGACACUUUUAUCAUCAAUAUCUCUUGACCCAAGUUUAUACAAGGUGGGCAAUAGCAAAUUAUUCUUCAAAGCAGGAGUUUUAGCUGGUUUGGAACUUCGAAAGGAGGAAAUAAUAUCAGAGAUAAGCACCAGCUUCAAAGCCCACGUAAGCGGCAUGAUCAUAAGGCGAAAGUUAAAUCAGCAGCUUCAGAAAUUGAGAGCAGCGCAAGUGAUUGCCAUAGCCCUACGUUCCCAUACCGAACUUCUCAAGGAUGACUGGUACAAUAUCUUUAUCAGAAUAAAACCACUUUUAUCCACUUCUAACGAAAUGAUCAGGAGCAAAAAGAUUGCCGCCCAGAUGAAAAGCGCUGAAGCGGCUCUAGAAAAGCUGGAAUUGGAAAAUACUUCGCUGGUAGACGAAAAAAAGAAGCUUGAUUCCGAACUGUUAAAAUACAAAGACAAACUUUCCGCUGAGUGUAAAAACUUGGAAGAAACGUCUAUUGCUCUGAAGUCUGCUAAAAGCAGGGAGAGCGAGCUCAUCAGGCAGUUGGAUUUGCUCAAAAAAGAAAGUGAGAAUUUUGCGAAGGAUAAGGAGGAAAUCCAUGCUAAGCAUUCGGAAACAUCCUUGGAGCUCGAAAAGCUAAGGAAUGACAUCAGUGAACACCAGUCUAGCAUGCGGGACCUAGAAAAUUCGAGAAAAGAGGUGCUGAGUCGCUCGAAAGUCAUGGAAAAAGAAUUGGGUCGGGCGAGGGAAGAACAAUCCUCAUUUGCAUUGGAAAGAAAAACCCUUGAACAAGAGAUCACGUCCUUGAAAUCUGUGAUAGCACAAAGAGAAUCUGAGAUUGAAGGCCUAAAAGGUAAAUUGAAUGCUAAUGAUGAGGAAAUUGAAAAUAGCUUGAACUCUCUCGAGUCGAAGUUUCUUUCGACGAGUAAGAGACUAGAGGCUCUUGUCGAGGAGAAUAAAGAUCUGAAGGAUCAAAUUAGCGGUUUGAAAAAGUCACUGCUGGAUUCUCAAAAUAGCACUAAAACUAAGGAAGAGCAGGUUUCCAACCUGUCUCAAAAAUUGCAAGAUUUAAAUGGGCUAAUCGCUUCCAUCAACAAUGAAAAAGACUCUCUCUCGGAGGAAUACAAUAACAUUGUUGCUCAGCUGAGGGAUUCCAGAAAAGAACUCUCGGAGUACAAAACACGAUGCAGGGAAACGGAAGAUGAGAUUAAAAAUCUACGAAGCCGUAAAGCGGAAGAGGUUGCAGAAAGCAACGUCUCUGCCCCAAUCGAAAAGGCCCUCGCAAGUAAGUUGAGAACUCUAGAAGAUCAGCUCAAAAACGAAAGGGCUUUGAUCAAUUUUUUCAAUGACCGCUGGAUGGAACAUAAAGCAGGUACCACAGUGUCUAAAGAGGCCAUUGCACCAUUUGACCAAAACGAGCAGUUUGAUGUACCUUCCUCUGAUGAGUGGAAAAAUCUCAAGCUUCAGCUGCGCAAACUCUCCACUGAUCUCGAAAAUGAAUGUGAGCACAAGAAGGAAACUAUAUCCAGGCUCCGGUUCACAGAGACUCGCUUAGCAUCCGCAUCUUUCGAGAUUCAAACGCUGUCUGCACAAUUAAAGAGACUUAAAGACUUUCUACGGAGAAGUAAUAGUGAUGCUGAAAUUGAGAAAUUACUUGAUGAGAUUGAACCUGUUAAAUUCAAUCAUGAGAAGCUGAUUUUAGAAAUUGAAUAUCUUAAAAGUCAAUUAAAGACCGAAGCGCAAGCGCGGAGAGAUGCAGAAAAUGCUGCGACAGCUCUUCAUGGGAAAGUAAAGCGAAUUCACCGAUCAGAUUCAUCUUCUGAUAUUUACCGCCUUAAGUUUGAGGCUAGCGAAGAGAGAGUUCGAAUGCUGGAGAGCAAGCUACACUCAACGCCGCUGAGGGAGAAGCCCAACUUCAACAACGGGGAAAUUUUCACAAAGCGGAUGAGCAUUUCUAAAUAUGAGGAAGAUCUCAAAUUUCAUAAGCUUGAAAACUUCAAAUUACAAGAAGUCCUUCUAGCCACUCAAAAGGGCGCAAGCUUGCUCAAACGCGAAAUGCGGCAAUUGCAGAUACGAGAGACUUGUUUACUUGAACAAAUCGAUAGAUUAGAGAACGAUCUCUCUUCGACCGAAAAGCAGAACGAGGUCCUAGUCACAAGCGCCAAAGGACAUAAAGCCCAGUACGAUAGAUGUGCGAGUGACCUGCUUGAGACCCAAGCUCAGCUUAGGGACGUCUUGCACAAUUUGAAGCAGUCAGAAGGAGAUCUUAAGAAUAUGUCUGAAAUCAUCGAUCGCCUUAAACAGCAAAACAAGCAAAAAGACAAGGAAGUGUGGGAAAAAGAUGCCUAUUGUAGCGACCUCGAGUUUCAGCUUGAAGACCGGAAAAUCGACCUGAAUCGUGUCAAAAAAAUGAAUGAAGUACUCAAAAGUGACUUAGAUCAUUUCAAAGACCGGUUGAGAAAUGCCCGCGAAAGCGAAAGCUCAUCCGUUGAGCUCGAUCAGCUGCAGGAGCAGCUUUCAAUUUCAAUGAAAAAAGAAACCGCUUUGAACAAGGAGAUCUCGUCAUUGAAAUAUUCUUUAGAGACUUUAAAAGCCGACUCGAGUUCCAAGAUCGAUGAUCUUUUGGUUCAAAAAAAGCAUUACGAAGACUUGGUCGAGACUCUGGGCAGGGAAAGAGACGCAGCACUGCUAGUGCACAAUGAAGCCCAAGGUAAAAUCAAGUCGUUGUUGACACAGGCGGACUCGUUUUCUGAACAGAUUACUCAACUUUCCUCUGAAAAAGAAGCCUUAGGAACUCAGAUUGAGGAUUUCGCACAAAAGCUCACAACGCUUCAGAAUUCUCGUCAGAAAACCUUCGAAGAAAAUGACAACUUCAAAGCUGAAAUCAAAUCUUUGAAAGAGGCUCUCGAGUUACAGCGGCAACAAAAUCAUCGCGAUGGUACUCUUUUUGAACAGCUUCAAACGGACGCGACCUUCGUAAAGUCGCAGCUUGGGGAAGAGAAAACGCAGGCGAUCGCCUUAAGGGAAGAAAACGUAACUUUGUCGAAAUUAAAUGAGCAGCUCUUGAACGAGAAGGCAAAAUUAGAAGCUAAGCUUGCGGAUCAAAGCGAAAAAGAUGCAUGGAUCUCCAGGCUUCAUGAGCUUGAAAAUCUUCUUGGCAAUGAAGCCGACGAAAAAUCAGAGCUCUUGAAGAAUAACAAGGGAAUGGAAAGAACCCUUGCGGAUCUAAAGGCCACUAAUGAAAGACAAGCAAAGAUCAUUGGCACGGCUACUAAGGACAAAGAAUACUUCGUGACAGAGAUUACAAAAAGCAAUGAACAAAUUUCGAGUUUAGAGAGGCAUGCUUCGCAGCAGGAGGUCAAACUAUCCAUGCUAGAAAGAGACAACGUUUACUACAAGGAAAGGGUAUCUGAGAUAGAGAGGGAAAUUGACCUUUGGAAACAAAAGUAUAACGAUUUGAGUGAUCGGCGCCGCAGCGUCAAUGCCAAGUCUUACGAGGAGGUUUUUGUAUGA